GGCUUUUUAUCCAUUUCAACAGAGCCGAACCCCUCGAUCCCCAGGUAUGGAGACUUUUUGUGCCAAGAACAAGAACCCAGCAUUUAGAAAAGCCCAUCAUGGGCAAGUCGUUGCAUUCCGUCGUUACCUGGUAAUAGUUGAGGAUCCGAUCCGAUCCGAUCUGAUUUGCUCAUUCUUAUUUUCUACUACAAACAACUUGCAGGAGGGUAUGGGGGACAUUAGAGACAAAAGGCAAAAAAGAAAAGAGGUAACGAGUAAAACAAUCAGAACAAAAGAAGAGGAGAGAAGGGAAGAAGGACAAAAAACAAUCCUUCAAGGAUCAUGAGCGACACAAUCGGCCAGUACCAACAACCAUCAACGGCCUCCGCUGGAACCGGAGUCGGAACCGGAGUUGGAAUUGGCAGCGCAAACACGAACAAGAACAAAGGUCCCCGAGCGUGUACAACAUGUGCCCGCGCCAAAUCACGCUGCAUCCCCGGGCCCACUCCCGACAUAUGUGAAAGGUGUCAUCGCCUGAAGAAACCAUGCGCCUCUCAGACCCCGGCUCCUCCUCGGAAGAGGAAGGAGACGAGGUCCAAUAGGGUUGCCGACCUGGAGCGGCGACUGGAGGAGCUCAAGACAAGACUCCAGCCCGUCGUUGAAGCCCAACAGCAGCAGCAGCAACAGGGUCAACAUCAAGAACAACAGCAGCAGCCGAAUGGACGGCAACAGUCAUCCCCGCCCCGCUCGGUUCAAAGUCCACAGAGUGACAUGCGACGACCGUCAGCAGGUGGGCUCGUCGGCCAAAUUGAUAUGGGCCACAUCUUUCCCACUGUUUCCGAUCCUCUCCAGACACCAUCGUUCACGACAUCAUCGACCUUUGGACCAAGGCCAGGAGCUGAGCAUCAGAGUGGUUCUGCUUCGACAGCGUCAGGGAAUGAUGACACUAAUUCUGAGAAUGGGGCCUACUCGGGGGUCCCGAGAGUUUCGAGCGAGCUUGACUGGCCGGAUGGGCAACGGGCAGCCGCUCUGAUUCAACAGUACCGCUCUCAACUCGCAGAACUUUUCCCCUUUGUCGUGAUCCCAGCCGACCUCAGCUACAAGAAGAGGCCCUUUCUGUGGAAGGCAGUCAUUAUGGCUGCCUCGUUUACCGACGGUCUGGAGCAAAACGUAUACGGAUCUCGACUUCUCAGCGACAUUUCUAUCACGGCAUUUAUCCACCCCGAAAGGUCGCUUGAUCUCCUUCAGGGCCUGCAACUCUUACUGUCGUGGUUCAACUUCAACAUGAACAGCUUUCAGAUAACGAACCUCAUCUUUUUGGCCCGGUCAAUAUGCGUUUCUCUGGGCACUGGGGAGGGGCCUUCAAUGUCGCCUCUGCAGACUCUGUCUGGUUUGACGAGCGACCCCCUUGCACCCGAGUCCUUGGAAAAAAUGCGAGCGUUUGCAGGAACAUACUACUUAGUCACGAGUGCAUUCACCACCAAUAAAAAGCCCGACGAACUGAUGAACACCUCUUACCUCGACUUUUGCUGCCGAACUCUCGAGACGAGGAUGGAGUAUCCGACGGACGAAAUCGUUGUUCAUCUAGUCAAGGUCCAACAACUGGCACAGUCAAUCUCCUUAUCCCUGGCACUACGCAACGACAGCAACUUCUCAAGAUCUAUUGAAUACCAAUUGCCGCCGCUAGAUGAUGUCGUCAGAAACUUCCAGCAGCAGCUGCAAGUAUUCGAGCAGAUGCUGCCCGAAUACGUCAAAACUCAGCAGCUCUUUAUGGGCCACUUCCGCGUUGCCCAAAUACUACUGUUCGAGGUUGGUCUCAACGAAAAGGCAGCCUCGGAGCUCGUGCAAGUCAGUCGCACGGAACUCCUCUGGUGCUGCCUUACCGCCUGUCGUGAGUUUAUGGCAUUGCGAUUUGCACAUCAAGACAUGGAAGAAGUCCAGGUGGAGGGCGAACCACCAUCAGACUGCAAACCGCGCAUGACGAGUCUUGCGGCCGCCGACUUUGUCUAUACCUUUAUGAUCAUCAUCAAACUCUUGAUGCUUCAGGCUCCCGGCUGGGAUCUGGACGCCGCACGAUCCGAGAUAGACUUGGACGGGAUCAUUGACAGGCAGAUCAGGCAGAUAGAUGCCAUCAUCGCAUUCCGUCGUCGCACUGGGAACGGCGUUCCGUUGACGUCUUCAGUGACACGCUACUGCCGCCAGCCCCAACAACCGCUAACGUCGAGCAUCGAAGCAUCGUCCGCUUCGAUACCACCAAAGGAAGACCCCUUCGAGAUGCUCCGAUACCGGCUCAAAGAGUUGAGGGAAAUACUGGCUCGCGAGGCCCCUGGGAUAUUCCCACAGAGGACUGUGAGCUCGACCUCUCCGGAAAACCUGGCUGUUCUGUUGGGUUUCGGGAACGACAUGACCAUGCCAGACACCAUCAUGACGGACAUGAACAUGGAGUCUUGGGCCUAUCUGCUCACCGCCGACGAUGGAUGGGACGCCUCAAAUAUUAUACCGUAUUGGAACACGAUGGACAAUAGGGGGCUGAGAUGAUGGAUGAAAUGCAAAACUUUCGAAUUAAGAAGGGGAAUUGUAUAUGAGUAAUUCUGUCUCUGGACGUGGCGGCUGUAAUUCAAUAUUUAUAGCACUUGUAAUCUAUGGAUGUAUGGCGUAAUACGGCCAAGCGAACAGU